GAAUGUCAGGAAAUUUCUCCUCCGAGUUUUCUGUAAUUUAUUCCAGAAUCAAAUGGUACCAGUUCGAACAAAACAUACAAAAUGGCAUCGCCGAAAUGGCAAUCACGAGAGCGAAAUUACUCCAAGGAGUUACAAUCGAUGUCGAUGAAGGGCGAUCCCGUAUCAAAUCAUCCCUUGAAGAUCUCCGUUGUCGUAUCCACCAUGGACUCUAAAUCAGGGAAAAAGAAAAAGACUUAUGAACACGGUAUUAUCGAUCCUCUGUCAAAAAGCCAAACUGAUUCAGGUGAAGCAAUCGAUCCUCUGUCGAUGUUUGCGGCUGAGAGUACAACGUCAGCAGCAAGUAAGAGUUCAGGGGCUCUUUCAACAAGCAAAGCUGAUACCGAACAAUUGGUGUUAGACUUGAAUGAAUUUGCGCUGGAGCCUUGGACAAGCAAAAGGAUUGGAAUUUUAAGCAAAUACACAACCUCUGAGAAGUUGUCAAUAACAACUAGCUUUUUGUCAGAUACAGAUCGAGUUGUCAUGAAACAACAAACAACUGUGAGCGAUAAAGUCAAACAUAGAAUUGGACAACUGGAUGACAUUGAAGAGGGCUCAAUUAAAGAAAUGCUAAAUCUCAGUCAACAGGAAUUUGUACGAAAGAUCGAACAGUUUAAUCAAGAGUUAAUUGCUGCUUGGGAAAAUGAACAAAAAGUCAAAGCCUUGAAGAUUGCAAUUCAGUGUGCCAAGAUGCUUGCAAGCAUUGCAGUGAUUGGUUUUUACCCAAGUAAAUUUGUCCUCAUAACUGAUGUGUUGGACACGUUUGGUCGUUUGGUUUAUGAACGCUUGUAUAGAAAAUCUGCCACCAUUGUUCCUGGAACGAAAUUGAUGAAAAUGUUGCCAGAGAAUUUUUCCCCCGAAGAGGUGACAGAUGUCGCGAAGGAGACGUGUCGGAAUUGGUUUUACAAAAUCGCUUCGAUCAGAGAGCUUAUUCCUCGAUUCUACGUGGAAACGUCCAUACUGAAAUGUUAUCGCUUUCUCACGACUGGGGAGUACGACAGUGCCCUGGUGCGACUGACGAAGAUGAUCCGCGGUAUCGGGGAUCCGCUCGUCGCAACCUAUGCACGGUGCUAUAUCUGUCGGGUUGGAAUACUUGUUGCACCAGAGGCCAAAGAUCAUUUGCGUGGCAGUUUGUUGGACUUCUUCUUCACUUAUAAGCAGCUUCAGACGGACUCAGUUCAAAACAUAUUGGCAAAACAAAACACAGCUCCGUCCGACUAUCUUCAGCUCUACACACCGGCUCUUGAUUGGAUAAUCCAGUGUAUUGCAUAUAAGUCUCCGGAGGAAGUAUUGACGGAAAUUUUAAACCAUUGUCGAAAGGAUUGCAAUAGUGCUCUGAUCUUGAACUCAAUCAUGUCAGCAUUUCGACCUUCCUACAUCAGCGCAAGAGCCUUACAGUUUGUCAAAAUCAUCUCUGAUUGUGAAGAUGCUGGUUUUCCAAAGUACCAGCUGUAUCGUUCACUGGGAAUGAAUGUUGUGCUGGAUGAACCACCAGAAGAACAGAGACUUCAGUUGUUGAACGAUGUUUGGAAAGUUGUCAUGAAACUAAGUUCGCCUGAGGCCUACAUAUCUUGUGCUGAGAUCUGGGUAGAAUAUCCAAUCAAAUAUUUUGGGAAAAGGGAGAUUGACACAUUGCUUGGUGAUAUUUUGAAACAUCUUAACGUUGACAGAGCCUUUGAAAAUUAUUAUCCUCAGCUGUUAUCGAUUUUAUCCAAAGUGCUCGCUGGUUUGCAUGAUUUUUCGUUGCUUUUUUCAAUGAACAACUUCCUGCGGUUUCUGGAUCUAUUUCAAAAAGAAGCUGUAAAAACGGACGCGUGCCGAUUGAUAAUGGAAGCGUUUUGCAGAUAUCAAACUGAAAGUACAAACGACCCUGUCAUCGUCAAUGGCCUGAUGUUCGUUUGUAAAACACUGCAUGACUCCGUGAGUUCGCUUACUUUGACUGACGAGAAGCGAGCAACCGGGCAACUUGUAACUGGUUUUGUUCGAAAGAUCGAUUAUGGUCGUGAUUUUGAACAGCAGUUGAAUUUUUAUGUCGAAGCCAGAGCAUCGUUUUGUAACUUAGAUCCAGUGUUAGUUUGCCUUGUCCAGUGCGUCAACUUGUUAUCGAUGAAAACGAGAGAAAUUGUUAAAGGAAAUCAUACUCGAAAGACAGCUGCUUUUAUACGGGCCUGUGUCGCGUUCUCUUUUAUCACUAUCCCAUCGAUUCAAGAUAUUUUCAAUCGUCUGACCCUGUACCUUGAGUCUGGGAAAGUCGCGUUUGCCAAUCAAGCACUCAGUCAGGGCGAUGCAUUUCUAAAAGCGGCAGUUGGACUGCUCUUGGAGGUUCCGAAAACGAUUGAGAUCGACAGCAAAACGAAAUCCUCGGAACCAUUUCUUCUUUCAUACGUGAAUAACUUUCUCUCAUUUCUUCUCGUUGUUCCGGAUCAUCCAGAUCAGGGUGUUUUGUAUUUAGUUCGUGGUCUUCUCAAUGUGAUUGAGGACUAUCACUGGGACUCACAGAGUGAUGUCAAAAUAAAGAUUUAUCUCAACGUGAUAUCACUGUUAUCCUCAAUGACACAGGAAAGCUAUUUUUAUCAUAUGGAAAAAGUUGUUUCCAAUGACGGCAUGUACGGAAACGACAGAAAGUUUAUCGCUGAAGUUCAUAAAGUUGUCUCGACCAUAGUUGAGGAAAUAUUGAAACAUUUACAAGCUUUGUCAGCCAACGCAGAGGCAAAAAAGAGGCAAGCUCAGUUGGCCCUAGAGUUUUUCAACAGGUUAGUCGGUAGUGCAGACUUAGCAAAUGAAGAUAUGUGCAUGUUGGCUGUGAACCUAUGGAAUUUGGCUCAAAAUAAUGGACAGAAUGAUCCUAAAUUAAUGUCACGAACGUACGAAUUUUUAAAGAAAAAAGGAAAAACUAGACAAGAACUUGUGAAUCUCCUGGGUAAAUUGCCACGCGUGUCUCGGGCGUAAAGUAUAAUUUUAAAUUAACUGAACUGAUCCAGUUUAUUUUCAAAUCAAUAGUAAUGCGAUCCUGUUCAAUUAUUUAAAUAUUUUCGAUAUUUCAAAGCUAUUUUUGCAAUAGGAAAUUAUUUUCAAACGAAAUUAUAACCUGUGAAGAGAGAGCCUUUGAAAUAUUUUAUGUAUUUUUUCAUUAAAAAAAAACUUUAUGCAAAAAGUUUUUAGAAGAGAAUUU